AUGGGUGUCAAAUUGUUCUAUUUAUUAUCUGUGAUUGUUGCUGUGUCGGCGCAGGGUUAUCGUGUGUGUAUCCCUACAUCUCAACCAGUAUUAUGUCAAAGUCUGGACAAAGAUGGCAGUCAAGCCGUCUGCGAACCAGUCGAAUCAAAAAUUGAUUGUGCCAUAAAGUUGUCGCGAGGAGACGCGGAUUUGGGAGUGUUCUCUGAAGAGGAAAUGGUUCUUCUGUCACAGGAGAAAUCGUCUACCGUCAGAGUGGUUGGUUCUGUUCGUGACGCUUUUAGGAAUGAGCCAUUUGCCUUCGAGUCGGUAGCGGUAGUGCAAGCAACCCACACCGGUGGUCUAGAAGGUCUACGUGGUGGCCGCUACUGCCACCCGGGUCUGGAUGAACCAGACCUACGCUGGUCUCCGAGGGUCCUGAAAACUCUGGAGAAAGUGGCUGCGGGUACCGAUCGCUGUCCUGAUGCCAACAUGAAUGGAAAGACAGCCGAGGAGCUGGAGGUGGAGACCCUCAGCCAGUUCUUCAGUAGCGCCUGCAGACCAGGGCCUUGGAGCGCGAAUGAGACUGUUGAUCUAGAUUUGAAAAGCCGAUACCAGUCACUUUGUUCAUUGUGCGGGGAGAACGCUGGCUGUUCCCGGUACACCAUCGACAUGGGGGUGAACAUAAACAACGUGAACAAUAACAACAGGCACAUCCAGGCCCUGGAGUGUCUCCGUCGCGAAGAAAGCAAAGGAGUGGCGUACGUGGCUUGGCAGCACGUUAGGGAAUAUUUCACUAUCCGCAACCCCCAAGUUACGACAUCUUUCGCGCUUCUCUGUCCUGAUGGGUCUUUGCAAAUUCUGACGCGAGAAGCAGUAAGCCAAACCACAGCGCCCUGUUCCUUCGUCAAGCAACCAUGGCGUGCGCUGGUGGCAGCUGAAGCCAGGAGCCCAGAAAUCCAGAACCAGCUGAAAUUAUGGUGGCCCAAUGGCGCUUCACCUGGUGGUAACAUAUGGACUGCGGUGCUCUUCAGCGCCAUCGUUGGUGGGAACAACGUGAGAGUCAACUUCGAAGAUGCUCUGCCGAACCCAAUCGUUUACGCCAGUCCAUUGAGAAACAUAACAGCACAAGAUGCAUCCCCCAGCUGUGUACCGGCACGACGCUGGUGCACGAUUUCCAGCCUAGAACAUGCCAAGUGUACCUGGUUGCAACUUGCCGUGCACACAUUGGGUAUCGAGCCAGCUAUAUCCUGCCAACAGCGCCUGUCUAGCUUCGAUUGCUUAAGGGACAUUAAAGACAACACUGCCGAUUUUAUCGCUACGCCCGCUAACUAUGGAUAUAUAGCGAGACAACGCUACGGCCUGUCAUCCGUGAAACUGGUGCAGAACUCUCGGAACGACCCUCGCGCCUUCUCAAGAGUUGCGACUCUUCUCAAAGCCACUACAGCAUCAAGCGAAAUCACCCGCUUCGAGAACCUGCGAGGAAAGAAGGCCUGCUUCCCCGAAUUCGGAGGAAUCUCUUACUUGUCCUUUGUGCGCGCGGCCCAUGAGCGCGAAGUGAUCAGUCCGUCCGAGUGUGACUACGCGCGCGCAGUGGGCGAAUUCUUUACCGGCGCUUGCGCACCCGGUGCUCUCAACGCUUCCCACGCGAUCGCUUCCUCCGACUAUGACGUCACGCCCCUCUGCUCUCUAUGCAAGCCAGCAAAUGCAACAUUCAAUGUAUCAAGUAUCUGUACUUACGAUUCGAGCAACAAAUAUUACGGAAACUCCGGCGCAGUGGCGUGCCUGGCUGAUCCAGAAGCUGACGUUGCCUUCGUGGAGCUGGAGAACAUUGAUGUCAAUCUCCGUGCUGCCGGUUUGGACGCGUCGCAGAUUCGAGUCCUGUGCAGGAAUAACACACUAGCUAUGUCUGUGGGAGUGACCGUGGACUCGAAUUGUCUGCUGGCGGAUGUCGUCGACUCUGAAGUCUUGUCGCGAAGAAAUGAUCCCCUCCUUAACAGCCUCAAUGCCCUGCUGGACGCCCUGGACUUACACUUCGGUUACAAUGCAGUGACUUCUACGCAACUUAUAAACUUGGCAAUGUAUUCGCCGUUUGACGGAGUCAACGACCUUCUCUUCAGAAACACAGCCGUUGGUCUAUCAGAACCAUCUAGUGUAACAGCCAAUGAACCGGCCAGGAACUACAAUGAGCUGUUCCAACACCUAGACUCCUGCACAUCAUCAGCGCCUCCGGUGCCAGGGUUAGGAUCCAGAAACUUCUACAGCUAUGUUACAUUCAUCAUCAUGGCGGUGAUGACACGAUACGUAAUAUAUUAA